AUGGCACGCACAAAACAAUUUGUAAGAAAGAACGCAUAUCCCUGUUCACCAUCUUCAUCAUCCCCAUCAUCUGAUUCAUUUCAACGCUCACCUUCUCCACCACCACCACCACCUCCACCACACAUCUCCUAUGAUACCUCAUUUUCUUACUAUCUCUCAUCAUCCCCUGAAACUAACCCUAAUAAUCUUCCUAUCAAUCCCAAUCCCCUAUCCACUGUUCUUCCACCACUAUACACAUGUCCUCCUCCUAAUAUUGCUCAAGAUCCUCCUCAUCUAAGAAAACCUAUGAUACCAAAAAGACGCUCCAUGAGAGUUCAAUCUAACAUUGGAACUUCCAAAGCCAAAAUAGAAAAACCCUUUUACUUCAUAAUCUCCGAUUCUGAGACUGAUGACUCGCCUGAAACUCCUCCUCCCACAACUUCUCCAUCUCCACAAUGUUCCCCUAUCCCAAAUCAAGAAUGUUCUCCAGUACGUAUCCUUUUGCGCUCUCCACAAAAAGAACAUUCUCCACACCCAAAACGCUCUCAUGCUCAACCAUCACAUCCUCGAGAACAUUCUUCUCCAAAUCAAACACUUUCCCCCUCAACAAAAUCCAAACAUUCUCCCACUACGUCUUCACCCACAUCUAACUCAUAUCAAUCAUCUCGACAUACUAAAAAAUCCAAACCAGACACACUCCCUCUCAUUUCACCAAAAUACUCAAAGAAUUUCAAAGACAAAUGGGUUCAACGCCCUAUUGGAAUAGGAAGAGUUUUUAUCUUUGAUAAACUGAUAAUUGAUGGAAAUGAAGUUCAACAUCAUACUGAUGCUCUAGGAUGGACAUCAUUCUUACAAACAUAUGAGUCUUAUUAUCCAGACAUUGUAAGAGCUUUCUACUGCAAUACCAAAAAUUUCUCUGAUAAAUCCCUUAUCAUCUCCACCAUUAAGGGAAUUGAGAUCAAGUUAACUCCAGACAUCUUGGCUUCCAUCAUUCAACUGCCUACAAAAGGACCUUCUGUUUUUGGAAAUCAAUGGUACUCAGCUAUGAAUCUAAAAGUGACUGAGGUCUUCUCGGAAUUAUUUGAAGAAGGAUCCACAUGUUACCUCUCCACAUAUCUCAAACCCCUUCCAAAGGUCUUCAACAUAAUGAGCCAACAUACUCUCAUUCCUUGCAGUGGAAGUCAUGAGUAUGUUUCUGGCAAUGACGCCUUACUCAUCUAUCACCUCUUCAACUUUAAACGUCUUAAUCUUCCUCAUGUGAUCAUUCAACACACGAUCUAUGCUGCCACGAAAGACUAUAAGAAAAAUAUUGUUCCUUAUGGAAUGAUAUUAACUAAGAUAUUUAGGCAUUUUAGAAUUCCCCUCACCAAUGAAAAAUCACUCAUUAAAAUCUCCAAAUUUUCCACAAAAACCUCUCCCAUAUGUGCAAAACACUAUCUACACAACCAACCACCACUACAUCAUCCUUCCCAACCUCCUUGA